CCGGGUUGCGUUGGACAGCAAUGGCUUUAGAAAACAGCUCAUUGAAUGUUUGGCCUGAAAUAGAAAAGGCAGAAAAGGAGAACAGACGUGAACUGGUUCUUCAAGGUUCAACGAUUGACAAAAAGAUCCAGAGCGACGGCGGAAUUCACCCGCGACUGUAUUCCCUCGCGCUCCUGAACUACCUGGAGAUCAGCCAGUGUCCCAGUCUACAUGAGAUCAAUGAGAACAUCAGACACCUGUCUCAUCUACAGAGCUUGAUUCUCUGUAGGAACAAGCUCACAUCAGUCCCGCAGAGUAUCGGAGAUCUGAAAGCGAUAAAAGUCUUGGAUUUGUCAGUGAACCAGCUGCAGGCUUUACCUGAGGAAAUCUGCGCGCUGAGCGAGCUCAACACUUUAAAUGUCAGCUGUAAUAGUAUCACUGCUCUGCCUGAUGGUCUGAGUCGGUGUGUGAAGCUCGCCAGCAUCAAUGUGUCCAAAAAUGCGGUCUCUCGGCUCCCUGAGGACUUAUGGUCCUCCAGUUUGGAGCUCCUCAGCAGCAUCAUCGCGUCAGAAAACGCGAUAGAAGAGCUGAGCAGUGAGGUUCAUAAACUGACAGCUCUGAAGGUUUUAGAUCUCUCCAGCAACAAGCUCCAGGAGCUUCCAUCCGAGCUGGCCGACUGCCCCAAGCUAAAAGAGAUACAUUUUAAAGGCAACAAGCUGAAGGACAAAAGGCUUGAGAAGAUGGUGAAUGGCUGCCAGACCAAAUCAGUGCUGGACUACCUGAGGGCAGGUGGGAGGGGGAAAGGGAAAGGGAAAGGCAAGCAACAGGAUGGCGAGGUGAACGAGAAGGUAGAUAGUGGCCGUAACGUCUCCAAGAAGAAAAGCGCUGCAAAGCAGAAGGGCAAAAAAGAGGCAGGUGAAGUGGAUGAGCUUAAUCAGAUGGUUGUGAGAGUUCUGCAUGUGUCAGAAGCACCCACGGCUGUUACGGUGAAAGUUUCCCCAGGUGCAAAAGAUGUCCGGCCAUACAUAGUGUGCUGCAUCGUGAAAGGCAUGAACCUCAGACAAGGGAAUGCACUAAAGAGGUUUCUAGCUGCUCAGACCAAGCUUCAUGAUGAGAUUUGUGCCAAAAGGACAACUGCAACCAUUGCGACUCAUGACCUGAGCUUGCUAAAGGCCCCUCUUUUAUAUGAUGUCAGGCCACCAGAUACACUGAAGAUUGUUCCUCUGGGCCGUAAGGAGAUAAAGGCAGCUGAACUCUUGAGGCACCUGCAGCAGGAAGCAGAUGAACAGAGAAAACAGAAAAAACGACAAAAUGUUUCAGGACUCCACAAAUACCUCCAGCUACUAGAUGGGAAAAAUCUCUACCCUUGUCUGGUUGACGCAGAGGAUCAUGUAAUUUCAUUCCCACCAAUCACAAACAGCGACAGGACAAAGAUAAAGAAGACCACGCGUGAGUUGUUUUUAGAAGUGACGAGCUCUACUAGUCUUCAGAUCUGUAAAGAUGUCAUGGAUGCACUGAUAAUAAAAAUGGCUGAACUGAAUAAGUUGACCUUUGACCAUAAGGAGGAUGUUGGCUCAGACGAAGAGACUGAUACAAUUUCAGGUCAUCCUGUAGAGGACCUGACCUCCCCUGAACUGACCAUUCUGCAAGUAAAGGUCAUGGAUGUGGAGGGAAACCUUAAAGUGGUCUACCCAUCAAAAACUGACCUGAUGUCCGACAUCAGCAAUCUAACAGUCAUCCGAUAACCAUAUUGCAAAAUGUACUGAAUGCAAACUCUUUCCAUAAAGUUUUAUCUAUAAACACAAUGGCUGUCAAAACAUUAUAUUUAAUGGUUCUUAUUAACAAAGUAUAUUUUUGUGGUAACUGGUUUAAUUGCAUGUAUGCAAAAAUAAACAUAAUAUACCUUGUCCAUACCAAAUAACAUGGAUAUUUUGGACAUUUGGUGCCUGUGGAACAAAACGUUUUUGCCUCACUUAUAGUAUAAUUGAAUAUGAAUUAGUCAAUUCAUCCUUCUCAAUAAAAUAAAUGCAUUAAUUUCCCUUGUUUUCACUGAAUCUCUGUAUGAGCUUUAGAAUGAAGGUGACUGACACUAUAGGAAGUCUAUUUCCUCUUCAGAUAUUUACACACCUACUUGCUGUUUAUUAUUACCAUUUUCCACACUUUGGAAUACUAGUUAAAUAAUGGAAUAACAUGAAUGGAAGCAUUGUGAUUCUAGGCUGACCAUAACAUUAAACAAAUCUAAAUUGAUAAAAAAAUUUAUCAAUUAUUUUAGCUUCUCAAAGUAGCCACUCUAUUCCUUGAAUACUACUCUGCACACUCUGGGCUUUCACUCUCAACCAGCUUCAUGAGAUGCCACCUGCAUGUGUCUUAAACCGUACUGAAGAUGUUCCCAUGUAUCCUGAGCACUUUUUGUCUGCUUAAAUGAAGUCAUUGCCCUUACAUAAUGGAAUUUGAGAACUUUUGCAAACAAUUUAAUUUACAUUUAUGCAUUUGGCAGACGCUUUUAUCCAAAGGGACUUACAGAGCCCUUAUUACAGGGACAAUCCCCCUGGAGCAACCUGGAGUUAAGUGUCUUACUCAAGGA